GUUAUCGCGAUACAAAAGGAUCAACUCCUUGACGCCGUGCAGCUAAACUGUUAGCUCAGAAGUUGGUGCGUUUGACGGCUCUGCGGGGAAAACGUCAGCAUGCCGCGGGUUUACAUCGGACGUCUGGGCCCCCGCGUCCGAGAAAAGGACGUCCAGCGCUUUUUCGGUGGAUAUGGAAAGCUCAUGGAAAUAGAUUUAAAGAACGGAUUUGGUUUCGUGGAGUUUGACGACAACCGCGAUGCGGACGACGCGGUGUACGAGCUGAACGGCCGAGACCUGUGCGGAGAGCGGGUGGUGGUGGAGUACGCCCGGGGAUCCAGGAGGGACCUGGACGGCGGUGGGCGCAGCGGUGGAUACAGUCACGUCGGAAGAGAUAAGUACGGCCCCCCCGUCCGGACGGAGCACCGCCUCAUCGUACAGAACCUGUCCACCCGCUGCAGCUGGCAGGACCUCAAGGACUUGAUGCGUGAGGUGGGGGAGGUGACCUUUGCCGACGCCCACAAGGAGCGUGACCACGAGGGCGUGGUCGAGUUCAACAGCCGCUCCGACAUGCGGCGGGCCAUGGACAAGCUGGACGGGAAGGACGUCAACGGACGCAAGAUCCGCUUGGUGUCCGCCAGCCGCUCCAGGUCCUGCAGUCGCCGUGGUUCCCGCAGUCGGAGCUCCCGGAGCCGAUCCCGCUCCAGAUCCCGUUCCCGUAGCAAGAGGAGAAGCCGCCGUUCUCCGCCGCGCUCCGGCAGGAAGUCUUGCUCCAGGUCCAGGUCCAGGUCCAGGUCCAAGGCCCGCUCCAGCCGCCGUUCCCGUUCCCGUUCCCGGUCCCGGUCCCGUCGCCGGUCCCGGUCCCUCUCCCGCUCCCGUUCCCGUUCCCGGUCCAGGUCCAGGAGCCGCUCCAAGGUUCGGCCCGGGCACGCCUCCCGCAGUCGCUCGCCAUCGCCGGCGCGGGGCGGGGCCCGUCCCGCGCCGUGCUCCACGCCACCGCGGGACUCCACUCGGCGCUCCGGAUCCCGGGACGGCCGCUCGGCUUCCCGCUCCCGCUCCCGUUCCCGCUCCGGCUCUCAGGAUUAAAAAGGAAAUGUGUAAACACGCGCGCACACGGCAGAACACGAACGCACACACACUGCAAAACAUGCAGACUUUGUUCACACACACGCACAUCACAUUACAUCCCAUAGAUGUAUCCGGGCGUUCCUUAUUUUCCUGGGUUUACCCCACGCAUCCGAAGCAGUUGCCAUGGCGUUGUGAUUCUUCAAAUUACAAGUUUGUCAGGCAUGAGUUAAGCAUUGCGUUCAUCACUGCGUUCCUUCAACAUAUUCGAUUUUUUUUGGGCUCAAAUUUCGAUGGAUAACCGAUUCUGAGGUGGCUGGUUGUUUUGAUAGCGGUUUCUUUGUUUCUUAUCAUGCAUGGUGCUUGUGUGACGGGCAGUGGAUAAAUGCAACUCUGUUUAUUUUUCUUUGCAAGUUAAGCAGUGGUAGGCACAUUUUCAUUUUCCCAAUAUUUUUAGUUUUCAGGGUAUUAAAGGACAACUGCAUCGAAGAAUCUUGCAGUAGAAGGGACACAUUUAUUCGGAAUCGGAGACAUCCUAAUUGGUUUGGUUAUUUGCAGAUACAUUUGUGGGAGUAUCAGAUUGGCCUGAUUUUUGUUUCAUUUGAAAAAUGUUUAGUAUUGUAUCAAUAAAAAACGAGUCUUAAUA